AUAAUUACACCAAACUACUUUUAUUUUCUCUUAAUUGGAAUUUAACUCAGCGAAAAUAAUUUCCAAAAAUUGUUAAAUAGUAAUGAAGGAAAGUCCAAUACAUGCAUGUUAAAAUAUGCCAAAAAGUGUGAAUAUUGGAAACGAAAUGCAUCGAAAGCUGAAAAAAUAUUUGCAAAAGAAUGGGGAGGGAAAAAUAAAGUUAUAAAGCGCCCGAAUUCUUCGAUUUCUAUCAGUAGAUGCAGUGUGUGUUUACCGUAAAAAAGCAAUCUGAAGUAAUUAAGUGAAUUGUACCAUUUCAUAACGGUCCGAAACACAGUGAAUGCUUGAAAUGUUUAAAAAUUAAUCCAUUUUAUUGCAAUUAAAAGUGAUCAAACAACCAUACCGAAAUCACCACUUCAGUCGAGCGGUCAUUUUUGUGUUUGGAGAUAUCUUUGAGUUAUAAUUUUGAAAAAUGUGCGACGACGACGUUUGCGCUUUGGUGAUCGACAACGGCUCGGGAAUGUGCAAAGCGGGCUUCGCAGGGGACGACGCCCCAAGGGCCGUUUUCGCGAGCGUGGUUGGCCGGCCCCGAUAUCAGGGUGUGAUGGUCGGCAUGGGCCAGAAAGACUCGUACGUGGGUGACGAAGCACAAACCAAACGGGGCGUUUUGACGGUCAAGUACCCAAUUGAGCAUGGAAUUGUGAGUAAUUGGGACGAUAUGGAGAAAAUCUGGCAUCACACUUUUUACAACGAGUUGAGGGUCUCUCCAGAGGAGCAUCCCGUGCUCCUGACCGAGGCUCCCCUUAACCCGAAAAUAAACCGGGAGAAGAUGACUCAAAUCAUGUUUGAGACGUUCGGAUGCCCGGCCAUGUAUGUGGCGAUUCAGGCCGUUUUGUCUCUGUAUGCCAGUGGCAGGACGACGGGGAUUGUGAUGGAUUCUGGCGAUGGGGUUUCCCAUACGGUGCCCAUUUAUGAAGGUUAUGCCAUCCCGCACGCAAUCUUGCGGAUGGACCUCGCCGGACGCGACCUAACCGAUUACUUGAUGAAAAUCCUAACCGAACGCGGUUACAGUUUCACGACGACCGCAGAGCGCGAAAUAAUCCGCGAUUUGAAGGAGAAAAUCUGCUUCGUAGCUUUGGAUUUUGAACGAGACCUCGCACUCGCGAGAACUAUGAACAAUUUUGAGAAAAGUUACGAAUUGCCAGAUGGACAAAUCAUAACAAUCGGGAAUGAACGUUUCCGGUGCCCGGAAGCUAUGUUUCAACCGACUUUUCUGGGAAUGGAAACAACAGGAAUUCACGAAACCACUUAUAAUUCGAUUAUGAGGUCUGACAUGGAUAUAAGGAAGGAUCUUUAUGCUAAUAUUGUGCUCUCUGGAGGAAGUACAAUGUUUUUGGGGAUGGCCGAUAGGAUUCAGAAGGAGAUAGCUGCCCUAGCGCCGGCUUCAAUGAAAAUUAAAAUUAUCGCACCGCCUGAGAGAAAAUAUUCGGUUUGGAUUGGGGGAAGUAUUCUGGCGAGUCUGACGACGUUUCAACAAAUGUGGAUCUCGAAGGAUGAAUAUGAUGAGUGCGGACCUGUUAUCGUUCAUCGAAAGUGCUUCUAAUGUAUAAUGAAAAAAAAUUAUUUAUCAAAACUAGAAUACAAUACUUUUGUUAAUAAACGACAAAUCAUUUUGUAAAAAAUGGUGCUGUGUAAACAUCAAUAAAUAUCGUAAAAUGUUCAAAGUAUUUUUAACCCGUCCAACAUAAAAUAUUAAAACCCAACACAAAAAAGUUGCUCAAUUAAAAUUAAAAAAUUAAUGUU